UGACAAGAAAACAGUGACAACACGCAAAUAUCAAUAGGAAGGAGUCAAAUUCGCAAAUCGAUAUUAAUUAUUGUAACUUAAAAAAUAUUUGGAUACUAUCCUACCAGCAAGGUAGGACUGAUAAGCUAGUGUUGUGUGAGCUGCGUAUUAAGCGGAUACAUAAGAUGGAUCCAAAAGAAGUGGUAGAACAUUUAGUUGCACUGAAAGUGAUGCGGCUGACGAAACCUGCUCUAAUAAGCCCAAAGAUCGUUACUUGCGAUUCUAAAGAUUUACCCGGUAAUAUCCUAAACAAUUACCUUAAAGACGAUGCUACUUCUGUCACCCAAAUGGAAACUCUGGCUGCUGGGCAGUUCUUGUUACUUCCACAGAGUUUUGGCAAUAUUUAUCUAGGCGAAACCUUUUCUUGUUAUGUUUGUGUACAUAAUGAAACUAACAAUCCCGUUCAAAGUGUUUCUAUAAAAGCCGACUUACAGACAAAUUCACAGAGAAUACUAUUAACAACUCAACAGAACCUCUCUCCUACAAUGCUUGAUGUAGAUGAAACAUUGAGUGAUGUCAUACACCAUGAAGUCAAGGAUCUCGGCACUCACAUCCUUGUCUGUGAAGUAACAUAUAUGUCCAACUACAACACACUUGCAUCAUUCCGAAAAUUCUUCAAGUUUGAAGUGAUGAAACCAUUAGAUGUGAAAACAAAGUUUUACAAUGCAGAGUCUGAUGAUGUCUAUCUUGAAGCUCAAGUGCAAAAUAUAACAUCUGGCCCAAUAAUCUUAGAACAGGUUUCAUUAGAAAGUUCUCAACAGUUCAAUGUGAAGUCCUUAAAUGAAGUAGAUGAUGGCAUUUCUGUAUUUGGAGAUGUCACUUUGCUGCAACCCCAGGAAAGCUGUCAAUAUCUCUAUUGUCUGACCCCAUGGGAAAAUAUAACUAAAGAAAUUAAGCUACUGGCAGCUGCAAAAAAUAUUGGAAAAUUAGACAUAGUAUGGAGAUCUAACUUGGGAGAAAAGGGGCGGUUACAAACUAGUCAAUUACAGAGAAUGACCCCUGACUAUGGAGAUAUAAGGCUUACAUUUGAAAAAUUACCCAGUAAAGUAUCUGUGGAAGAGCCUUUUGAUUUUCAAUGCAAAAUAGUCAAUGCUAGUGAGAGAACUUUAGACUUAAUUCUUAAAUUACGAUCACUUCAAGAUUCUAGUCUGCUCUGGUGUGGUAUUUCUAAUAGGAAAUUGGGACCUUUGGAGCCUGGACAAUCUCUCUUCAUAAACUUAACAGCUCUGCCAAUAAAUACUGGGCUUUGCAAUAUUUCUGGAGUAUCCUUGUUGGACUUAUUCUUAAAGAGAACAUAUGAUUAUGAUGAUUUAGCAUCCGUUUUUGUGUAUUGAAAUUAUGGAAUAAUUUUAUUAAUAAAUUAUAUUAUGUAUUACUUCA